AUGGGGUAUGAGCAGAAGCAGAAGCAGGGUGUUGAGGGGCAGGAACUACGAAAGCAAGGGACAUGGAAGCAGGGAUUUUUGCAAAUCACACACUCGCAUCUGGAGUGCUUGAGGAAACCGGUUCGGUUUCGUAACACAGUCCCACGGGGGACGCUCUUUCCACGCCAGAAGGAUAAAAGCGCCUGCACCGUCGCCUACACCAUCACACACGAACCAGUACGUGCUUUUGUGUCUCUGUCUACGCCUUUCUCUUUAGCUUUAGGGGGUUCCACGAUGCUUCGUUUCGUUUUGCUCGCUCUCCUCUUCGCUGCGGCGACGGCGCAGCAGGUGGCCCCGUGCAGGUGCGGCGCCUUCAUCACCACCGACUCUGGAGACCUCCUGCUGUAUGAGCUUCCCCCUGUGGAAGUGCACAGCUGCGACCAGAGCCAUCCUUGCCAGUCCCGCUGCGUCCAGGAGUUCGAAAUGCUGUCUGGAGGCGGCGACUUGGACUUCGUCACUUCCACCAACGCGACUGUUGGCCAGGUGCUGUGCGAGGCGGCGGGGGUGGCCGUCGACGGCGAAUACGUGUACGCCUACUCAGAGCUCUGCGACGGCCCCUGGGAGUGGACCGGCGACGUGACUCAGCAGCCCCUCUGCUGCACCGACGCCGCCGAGUACGUUCCCUGCGAAGCGGGCACCACCCUGGCCCCGUAGGGACGGGGUCUCGCCUCGCCUCAUGCAGUAAAGCGUUGAUAGUAAAA